AUGUAUGAUCUCUUUACCACGAGGAUCUUGAAUAAUCUUCACGAGUACACGUCACGUAAGCAGGUGGCGUUGGCCUUUGUGGUGAACCCCAACUUUUGGAUCUCAGUGUUGUUGACGGCAUUUGAGUACGUAGCAGGGGCGGUGUUGUUGUACGACAUUGACGAGUAUCAGAAACUCACCCUCAUUACUUUUGGAUUCCACUUUGUGCUUAUGACGAUUCUGUCACUGGCCAAAGUCGCCAAGUUGCUUGUCAUGUUGCAUGAGACUACGUGGUACUACACGCCGUCUCGGAACACUGAGGACCAGGACUUUGAGCUGGAUGGCGUAAAUGCUGAAGCUGAAGUUGAUGAUGAAAAUGAAGCUGAAGUUGAUGAUGAAAAUGAAGCUGAAGUUGAUGAUGAAAAUGAUGAGCUAAUCUGGGAAGCCAAAACUUACUAUGUUAAGGGGAUCAAGAUCACUGCUUCUUUCUUAGAACUCAUGGCAAACUGUCGUAUGAUGUAUUUAUUGUACGUGUUCACCAAAGAGUUCCCCUUGACGUGCUUAGGAGGAAUCUUUUUCUCGUUAAAGGCAAUAUUAAAGGAGAUUAUCCAUUUACGGAAAUACAUUAUAGCAGCCAAUGCCUUGGAAACGUCCAUACAAAAUGCUUCGAAAGAAGACUUGGCUCAAGGCGAUAACUCUUGUAUUGUCUGCUUUGAAAUAAUGUUUUCAGUGGAAGAGUACGACAGGAAACACUCUCAUAAACCAUUGACCAAACGAAGAUACCCCAAGAAAUUAUUGUGUGGCCAUAUUCUUCACAUGGGCUGUUUGAAACAAUGGCUAGAACGUUCAGAUAGUUGUCCCAUGUGUCGUAGGAAAGUCAUGAUAGGAGAAGCUGUUGAUACUACUGCUUCACCACCACCCCAAGCUCAAGCUCAAGCUCAAGCUCAACCAGUGGAACGACCAAUGGCUCCUCAACCCACACAACAAGAACCAGAGACAAACAAUUCGAAUGAAAUAGUCACUAUCACGACGACUCCUCCAGACCCAGAAAGUAUACCGAACCUGGCAGUCGAUGAUAAAACUAUCUUGUUGACCUCCACAAGAACUUCUCCCGUUGAUCCUUUGGUUGUCAGGGUAAAUCUGAAUCUGUUUCUACCCAAGCAUUGGAUGGCACUCCCCUUAAGAAGAUUAAAUGGGACAACGACUACUACAUAUGAAAUCCAGGGAACCUCCGGAGCUUUCCUUCAGACCAAUGGUGAUGAAAAUAACGAUCCUUAA